GCGGAGUGGGGCCGCCCGUGAUGGGACAUGCGCAAUGAGGCGGAGUGGGGCCGCCCAUGAUGGGGCGGGCGCAGUUAGGCAGAGUGGGGCCGCCCGGGCGCGCGCGUGCGCAGUGAGCCCGCCCGUGACGGGGCGUGCGCAGUGAGGCCGCCUGUGAGAGGAGGAACGGGUUGCCCGUCUCAGAGUCUGGCGGUGGCGCGCGGGGCGAAGAGCAUUGAAGCUUCGCGAAUUUUCUCCGUUGGUCGUCUCGUCGAAAACCCCUGCUUCGGAGAAUUUAGUUGCGUUUUUUCGGAAAACUGUUACUUUUCAUGAGGUAAAAGUAGGUCGGAGCUGGCGAUUUAUUGAUUCAAGUCAGUGCGUUGGAGGGGCAGCGUCGCUUGUCCCGCUCCCGGUCCCGGUCUCCUCUGUCCCCGGCCCCGGGCACCAUGCCUCCGACCGGUUCAGCAGUCACUCACGAGGAACUCAAACUCCGCAUCCAGCGCCUCAUCGAUUCACAUAAUGUGCUGGUGUUCAGUAAAACUUUCUGCCCGUACUGCAAGAAGGUUAAAGAACUGUUCAGAGCCCUGGAUGUUGAUAUUCAUGUUGUGGAACUUGAUUUACUAGAAGAGGGAAGUAGAAUGCAGGAUGUCUUACUUGAAAUGACUGGUCAGAAGACUGUUCCCAGUGUAUUUGUCAACAAGGCUCAUGUGGGUGGCUGUGACAAAACUGUGCAGGCUCAUGAAGAUGGUUUGUUGAAGAAACUUUUGGAAGGAGGUGAAAUGUAUGACUAUGACCUUAUAGUAAUAGGUGGUGGCUCUGGAGGACUUGCAGCUUCAAAGGAAGCUGCAAACUUUGGAAGAAAAGUCUUGGUACUUGACUAUGUUGUGCCGACACCUAUGGGUACUUCAUGGGGUCUUGGAGGUACCUGUGUAAAUGUAGGUUGCAUUCCAAAGAAGCUGAUGCAUCAGGCUGCUCUCCUUGGCCAAAGCCUCAUGGAUUCCCGUAAAUUUGGCUGGGAAUUUGAUGAGAAAGUUCAUCACAACUGGGGUAAGAUGAAAGAAGCCAUUCAGAACUAUAUUGGCUCUCUCAACUGGGGCUACAGGGUGGCAUUACGAGACAAGAAAGUAAUUUACAAUAACAGCUUUGCAGAGUUUGUGGAACCACAUAAAAUAAAGGCAACCAACAAGCGUGGUAAAGUGACCUUUCAUUCAGGAGAAAAGUUUAUUAUUGCAACUGGUGAAAGACCUCGUUAUCUAAAUAUACCAGGAGAUAAGGAUUAUUGCAUUACCAGUGAUGAUCUCUUCUCCCUGCCUUAUUGUCCAAAGAAGACUCUGGUUGUGGGUGCUUCCUAUGUGGCACUGGAAUGUGCAGGUUUCCUGUGUAGCUUGGGGUUGGAUGUUACUGUGAUGGUGCGCUCCAUUCUUCUACGUGGAUUUGAUCAGGAAAUGGCAGGAAAAGUUGGAGCGUACAUGGAAUCUCAUGGGGUGAAAUUCCUGAAAAAAUAUGUGCCAAUCAAGGUUGAACAGCUGGAGGCUGGAACACCUGGAAGACUUAAAGUGACGGCAAAGUCCACAAUAAGUACAGAGGUCAUUGAUGGUGAAUACAACACUGUAUUAAUUGCUGUAGGGCGUGAUGCUUGCACCAAGCACAUUGGCCUGGAAAAAAUUGGUGUUCGUCUCAAUGAAAAAAAUGGGAAAAUCUUGGUGGAUAAUGAAGAAAGGAGCAACAUACCAUACGUCUAUGGUAUAGGAGAUGUCAUUGAUGGCAAGCUGGAGCUCACACCUGUUGCUAUUCAGGCUGGGAAGUUGCUAGCACGCAGACUCUACGCAGGUUCUACUAUGAAGUGUGACUAUGUCAAUGUAUGCACGACAGUCUUUACACCUUUGGAGUAUGGAUGUUGUGGAUUGUCUGAAGAAAAUGCGAUAGCACUUUAUGGAGAAGAACAUGUAGAGGUGUAUCACAGCAUGUUCUGGCCAUUGGAAUGGGCAGUUCCAGGAAGGGAUAAGAGUGGUUGCUAUGGCAAGGUGAUAUGUGCGAAGCUGGAUCAUUAUAGAGUGGUGGGAUUCCAUGUGCUUGGUCCGAAUGCUGGGGAAAUCACUCAAGGAUUUGGUGCAGCAAUGAAAUGUGGCAUGACCAAAGAUCAGCUGAACAGUGUCAUUGGCAUACAUCCAACUUGUGCGGAAGUAUUCACCGCCAUGGAAAUAACAAAACGCUCCGGCCUGGACAUUUCCAAAAAAGGAGGUUGCUGAGGUUAAACCCUGCUGUUGGAACGCUGCUGCCCUCUAUAUGCACUGCUGGCUUUGUGGUUGACUAAACCUGCAAAGACUUAGUCUUUUUCCACUCAGGUAAAACAAACGUAAACCACAGCAGGAAUAUAUAUUUUUUAAAAACAACAAAGCUGCCUUGAAGCAGCACCGAAUUGCACAAUGCUUUGAGUUUUACUCAGUGCCUAUUGCAGCAGAGAAGCAGUGUGUAUGGGGCAUGCAGAUCAACAGUGGGGGUAAACCUCAACCUUAAACUUUGACCCAAACAUGCUUGGAAGGGCAUUAAGAAAAAUAGUGCCUCCUUGAAGUUAUGACCCAGAACCUGAUUUGAGGUGGGCCAUGACUGAUGACUAACAAGCAAGGUCUGGAACUUCUGUCCAAUAAGAUGACUGCGCUUCCUUUUAUUGGUGAGGCUUUAGUCUUGUGGAAUAAUUUGAAGUCUCAUCUUGUAAUAUUUGCUGUACCUUGUUUCUUAUAUGUAUGUUGGGCUGCUGAUGGAGUUGAGAUGAAUUUUUUUCUCUGUAUAUUGUAGGUAAAGUAGCAUCAUUGUACUCAAUGUUUGUAAGGUUUAAAAAAAUCAAGAACUUUUCUGUAAAGGAGCAUGUCAUAUUUGAUUUGUACUUAAAUUCUGUACAAUAUCAAUUGUAAACCUUUUGUCACCCAAAAAAAACCCACACCGAUUAUGUUUCAGGAAGCUUGGGCCUAGAUCUUGUUCUCUUUGAUGGAGGAACUGCCAAUGUGUAACUGUCUGCACUUUGCUGUCCUCUCCCCUUAUUUUCUAAACUUAUUCUAUUAACUGAGUAAGCAACCGCUACUGACCAAACUUUAUACGGUGGGGCUGCUCUCUAUUUACAAAAGAAAAUGAGUGAAAAUCGGUGGACUGUUAAGCUCUUUUUUCCCCCUCGCACAUAACUUGUAAUCAAAAUAUAUGUUGCUACAUUGGGGUUGGGAAUUUGCAUAAAUUUGGGAAAAUGUAAUAAUUUUAAACUUGUCCUGUACGCCUCUGGCCAUCUGAACGAGAGCUGGACUGUCGGUCCAAAGAUAUUGAAAGCACUAUUUUUAAAAGGAAUUCUAGUGGGUAGAAAGUUUAGAGCAUCACAUUUCUGUACUUAUUUGUCCAGAAUUACUUCCCUGUUGUUUUAUUCCUCUGGCUCUUCAUUUUUUAAAAAAAAUUUGGAGCACUUAAACAAGUUCAAUUUGGAUACAUGUACUGUCACAAUUUGUGCUUUUGUUGUUUAUUUGGAAGUAACCAUGCAGUGCUUAUUGUUUAAAUGGGAUUAUUUUGCAUCUGUUUUACAAUUGUUUAUCAUUGCCCUUCUGACUGGAAUUUGCGGUCACAUUUGAUUGUAUUUAGCCAGCCUCUGAGCAGCACUAACUUGAACAAUUCCAUUGUGAACAAAGUUUGUUACCAAAGUGCAUUUAAUAAUAAAGAAAAUCUGUAGAACUUACAA